AACGGGCUGAGUCCGCUUCACAUGGCUGCUCAAGUGGAGCAUGCAGAGGCCGCCCGAAUGAUCCUAAUGGCGGGAGCCUCUUCAGACGAUAUCACACUGGAGUAUCUUACACCACUUCAUGUAGCCGCACACUGUGGAAAUAUACAAGUAGCAGAAGUACUGUUGGACAAGAAGUGCAAUGUCAACGCUCGUGCUUUGGUUAGUCACGCCUUCCUAUUUUAUGCCUUGAUCGUCUCUGAUGUUCAAUGGCUUGAAUGUGUUUAG